UCACCCAAGAACUGGAGCGGUUUGAAAAAGAUUCUCAGUCACUAAAGAUGAUGGAAAAAGAACUGACAAAUUUCUGGAAGAACCAUUCUCAAGCUUUUAGUGAAUUGAAGGAAAAUGAAGAGCAAAGAAUUCAGCAUUUGAAAUCAUCCUUUGAAAAUAAUCUGUGUCACAGUGUGGAUUUUGAAGAACAGAUAUUCAGUAAUGAGAUGCACUUGAUGAGAAAAGACAUGAAAACAGUCCAAGAGAGACUUCUAAAGGAAAUGCAAGAAGAGGAGCUGGUGACAGUACGCAGAGGGUUGCAAUCCUUCUUUCAGUCUGAAACUAUGCGAUUUUGAAAAGUGUUAAUCACAGGCAAAAUUAUCGAAGUGCAAGUUUAGAACCGUGUGUAUUACAAUGUUCAGUGUUUCUUUGUUCAGUUAAGUACUAACUUUGUGAGUAGAAAAAUUAUUAAAUUGGAUAAAUGUGUGCAACAUACUCCAUUCAGGGCUAGUAAUUCAAUAGUUCUGGAUAUGUAUCAUCCUGAUACCUUUAUU